GAUUGGUCAGCGUCUUCUCCGUGUUUAUUUCCGGAAGUAAGUUGUUGUCAGUGUCAGACUUUCCACUAGGAUUAUCAAAUCUCACAUUUACAGCACCAGAACGUCAGGUGUGUCCUCAUCCACAGGAUGGCACAUUGGUUUCACAGGAACCCCCUGAAGGCAACAGCGCCUGUGUCCUUUAAUUUCUAUGGAGUGGCAGGAAGCCCCUCUGCCAAUAAGAUAUGCAAUGACCUGCGGACUAACAGGGCAAGACUGCUGGAGAUGUUCACUGAUGUCACCUGCAACCCUGAGAUCAUGAAAAAUGCCACAGAUGCAUACUUCUCCCUCCUCCAAGGCUUUAUCACAGCCCUGGAUGGAACAACACAGGAGAACAAGAUGAGAUUCAUUCAGAACUUCAGGUGGACUGACACCUUACAAGGAAACACACCAAGUGCCCAGCAGGAUGCAGUCUUUGAACUGGUCUCCAUGGCCUUCAAUGUAGCCCUGUGGUACACCAAGUUUGCCUCGAGACUAGCAGGGAAAGAAAACGUGACAGAGGCUGAAGCGAAAGAUGUUCACCGGAGCCUGAAAGUUGCUGCUGGCAUAUUCAAAACUCUCAAGGAGGUCCACAUCCCUCGUCUCAUCACCCCGGCUGAAAAGGGCAGAGACCUGGAGCCCAGAGCGAUGGAUGCAUACAUCAUCCAGUGUCAAGCAGAGGCACAAGAAGUGACAAUUGCCAGAGCAAUUGAACUGAAGCACAACGCAACACUCAUCGCAGCGCUGGCAUUUGAGACAGCAAACUUUUAUCAAAAAGCUGACCACACGUUGAACACCUUGGAGCCAGAAUGCAGUGGCAAAUGGAGGAAGUAUUUUGAGCUGAAGCAGCACUUCUACAUGGCUUAUGCUUAUUGCUAUAAUGGGCAGACGCUGCUGGCGAGUGACAAGUGCGGUGAGGCUAUAAGAUCCCUCCAGGAGGCAGAAAAGUGUUACUCCCGUGCUGAGGCGCUGUGCAAAGAGUACCGUCAGACCAAAGGGCCGGGCUCCACGGCCAAACCAUCAGAGCAGCUGUUCUUCCUCAAACUGGGCGGCCUCAUCAAAAACACUCUGGAGAAGUGCCAGAGAGAAAAUGGCUUCAUAUACUUCCACAAGGUCCCGGCCGAGGCCCCCGACCUGGAGUUGAAGGCCAGUUACGGCCUGGCUGAGCCAAUCGCCUUCGAGCUGCCGCCUCUCAGCGAGCAGUGCACUCCUGAAGUCUACGCCACCUUCGACCUGACCAAGGGAGCCAAAAAUGACAAGGCGAAACCCAAGGAGGCGGAGGUGAAGCCGGUGAAGGAGCCGGACCUGAAGCCUCAGAAGGACACCGGAUGCGUCAUCUCAUAAACUUUCCACACUUUCUAUUUUCAGCCUCAUGCUUUAAUACCAUCUAUUGUAAUGAUGGCAUCCAUAUUUCUAACCUCCAUAGGAAAAAUGUAUUUUUUUGUUAUAGAAAUCCAUGGUAGUUUACAUAUAGGCUAAAACAUCUGUAUUAUAUAUUUGACAGCCCAUUAUCCUUGCGUCUAAGCCAGAGACAUUCAUCAAGUAACAUUUAAAUCAAUAUUUCAGGUUAUUAGUAGCAAUUACAUCUUCUAGUAAAACAAACGUACAAAAAGGCCUUAUAAUUUAUAGCAGUCCUAUAAAUGGUGCCUUUGGCUGUGGGGCAAUUUCAACCUCUUAUAAAAGUGUCUGUUUUUAUUUUUAAA